GCGUAGCUUUGCGAGAACUUUAAACCGUGAUAAAAGUGUGGUUAACCAAAGUAUCUCGUCCUAAAUGCAUUGAAAAGUGCAUCAGCAGCUCCCAGAAUGAACUGGAAUCAGAAAACAACACCUACAGAAGAAGUCAUAAAAUGUCACCGAUAACCCGGCUAGCGAGUGUGUGUUUGCUGCUCACCCUGGUGGCGACCGCUGCCGGCAUCAAGUGCUGGCGCUGUGGCCAGUACAGUGACGGGGUCGGCUCCAUUACGCCAUGCGCCAACCGGACCGCCGCCAAACUCGACGAGUGCCCUAGCAACGCGAAGUAUUGCAUCAAAUAUGUGAGCGAGUUAACGACAGUGAGGGAUUGCGUGCCAACGUGCAGCGAAAAAGAAUGGUGGGGCGCUCGUACGUUCUGCUGUGACACGGAUGAAUGCAACGCGGGCCACAGCGUCACAGCAACAUUCCUGCCCGUCGCGCUGCUGACAGUAGCCAUCGCGCGCUGACCGUCUGUGUGUAUCUUGCCUUAAGCGGUUAUUAGGCUAGCUAAUCAACUACGAGCCGUUCCCGGCAAUGCACUCACGUCUCACGUUCCUUUUUCAAAUUGUUCGUCAAUGCUUCCACUUCCAGAACGUUCCCGUUGUAAAAACUCUUUAACAGUAUGUAACA